AUGGUAUUAUUUGCUGUGGAGCCAGAGCCCACGGUGUCGUCCUCCUCCACUCGGCCAGAGCCCACGGUGUCGUCCUCUUCCACUCGACCAAAGCCUGCUGCGCCCACCCCCAUUCUGCCAGGGCCUGCUGCGUCCACCCACCUCCAGCCAAAACCUGCUGCGCCCACCUAUGGACCACCCCCUGUGUUGGCAGCACCCAUACUGCUGGUUCUCCCCCCACAACCACAGGCUCCCUCGGUCCUGUUUCGUGGGCCAUCGUGCAGCCAGAGCUUUGUACCUCCUGCACCAACAGUCAAGGCAUUCUUGCCAAACAAACCCUCGCAGCCACGUGGGGCUUGCCACGUGCACAAUUGUAGUGGACAGCGGAAGAGAUUAUUUGCUGUGGAGCCAGAGCCCACGGUGUCGUCCUCCUCCACUCGGCCAGAGCCCACGGUGUCGUCCUCUUCCACUCGACCAAAGCCUGCUGCGCCCACCCCCAUUCUGCCAGGGCCUGCUGCGUCCACCCACCUCCAGCCAAAACCUGCUGCGCCCACCUAUGGACCACCCCCUGUGUUGGCAGCACCCAUACUGCUGGUUCUCCCCCCACAACCACAGGCUCCCUCGGUCCUGUUUCGUGGGCCAUCGUGCAGCCAGAGCUUUGUACCUCCUGCACCAACAGUCAAGGCAUUCUUGCCAAACAAACCCUCGCAGCCACGUGGGGCUUGCCACGUGCACAAUUGUAGUGGACAGCGGAAGAGAUUAUUUGCUGUGGAGCCAGAGCCCACGGUGUCGUCCUCCUCCACUCGGCCAGAGCCCACGGUGUCGUCCUCUUCCACUCGACCAAAGCCUGCUGCGCCCACCCCCAUUCUGCCAGGGCCUGCUGCGUCCACCCACCUCCAGCCAAAACCUGCUGCGCCCACCUAUGGACCACCCCCUGUGUUGGCAGCACCCAUACUGCUGGUUCUCCCCCCACAACCACAGGCUCCCUCGGUCCUGUUUCGUGGGCCAUCGUGCAGCCAGAGCUUUGUACCUCCUGCACCAACAGUCAAGGCAUUCUUGCCAAACAAACCCUCGCAGCCACGUGGGGCUUGCCACGUGCACAAUUGUAGUGGACAGCGGAAGAGAUUAUUUGCUGUGGAGCCAGAGCCCACGGUGUCGUCCUCCUCCACUCGGCCAGAGCCCACGGUGUCGUCCUCUUCCACUCGACCAAAGCCUGCUGCGCCCACCCCCAUUCUGCCAGGGCCUGCUGCGUCCACCCACCUCCAGCCAAAACCUGCUGCGCCCACCUAUGGACCACCCCCUGUGUUGGCAGCACCCAUACUGCUGGUUCUCCCCCCACAACCACAGGCUCCCUCGGUCCUGUUUCGUGGGCCAUCGUGCAGCCAGAGCUUUGUACCUCCUGCACCAACAGUCAAGGCAUUCUUGCCAAACAAACCCUCGCAGCCACGUGGGGCUUGCCACGUGCACAAUUGUAGUGGACAGCGGAAGAGAUUAUUUGCUGUGGAGCCAGAGCCCACGGUGUCGUCCUCCUCCACUCGGCCAGAGCCCACGGUGUCGUCCUCUUCCACUCGACCAAAGCCUGCUGCGCCCACCCCCAUUCUGCCAGGGCCUGCUGCGUCCACCCACCUCCAGCCAAAACCUGCUGCGCCCACCUAUGGACCACCCCCUGUGUUGGCAGCACCCAUACUGCUGGUUCUCCCCCCACAACCACAGGCUCCCUCGGUCCUGUUUCGUGGGCCAUCGUGCAGCCAGAGCUUUGUACCUCCUGCACCAACAGUCAAGGCAUUCUUGCCAAACAAACCCUCGCAGCCACGUGGGGCUUGCCACGUGCACAAUUGUAGUGGACAGCGGAAGAGAUUAUUUGCUGUGGAGCCAGAGCCCACGGUGUCGUCCUCCUCCACUCGGCCAGAGCCCACGGUGUCGUCCUCUUCCACUCGACCAAAGCCUGCUGCGCCCACCCCCAUUCUGCCAGGGCCUGCUGCGUCCACCCACCUCCAGCCAAAACCUGCUGCGCCCACCUAUGGACCACCCCCUGUGUUGGCAGCACCCAUACUGCUGGUUCUCCCCCCACAACCACAGGCUCCCUCGGUCCUGUUUCGUGGGCCAUCGUGCAGCCAGAGCUUUGUACCUCCUGCACCAACAGUCAAGGCAUUCUUGCCAAACAAACCCUCGCAGCCACGUGGGGCUUGCCACGUGCACAAUUGUAGUGGACAGCGGAAGAGAUUAUUUGCUGUGGAGCCAGAGCCCACGGUGUCGUCCUCCUCCACUCGGCCAGAGCCCACGGUGUCGUCCUCUUCCACUCGACCAAAGCCUGCUGCGCCCACCCCCAUUCUGCCAGGGCCUGCUGCGUCCACCCACCUCCAGCCAAAACCUGCUGCGCCCACCUAUGGACCACCCCCUGUGUUGGCAGCACCCAUACUGCUGGUUCUCCCCCCACAACCACAGGCUCCCUCGGUCCUGUUUCGUGGGCCAUCGUGCAGCCAGAGCUUUGUACCUCCUGCACCAACAGUCAAGGCAUUCUUGCCAAACAAACCCUCGCAGCCACGUGGGGCUUGCCACGUGCACAAUUGUAGUGGACAGCGGAAGAGGUACACACCUGCCAAGGACAGUGGCUUGAAGCACCCAGAGGAUAUUAUCCUACUGUCCAUCCACUAG